GUAACGGGUCGGAUUAAGGGAUGUAGAAUAUGGUCAUGCAGAAUAAGGCAUUAAUAUGUGCUUAAUAAGUAAUAAUAAAUAGCCAAUAUCCUAGUAAUAUGCAUGCUAAUAAGCAACUAGUUAAUAGUGAGAAUUGGACCCUAAACUAAAGUGUUACCAAACUCAAUUAGGGUGACAGUAACAAAACUGAACAAAGUAAAUUAAUUCUAAAUACAACAAGACUGUAAUUAACAAAACCAAAGUCGAAAAUAUACUACACAGUGCAGGGUGCAGUAAGUCAUUUUAUUUUAUUUAUUUAUUUUUUUAUUUUUUUUUAAGGUGAUUUCUGUUUUGUCUGUGUAUGUCUUGCCCUCCAACAUACAGCAUUUUUUUUUUAAAAAACAACAACUUUAAUUAACUUUAACUUAAUAUGAGUGUAGAGGAUUUCAUAUAUUUUUAAUACCUUUAGGUUUAAAUCUUUAUACUGAUGAAAAAAAAUACUAAAGGUAUUACACUCAACAUUUGUACUAGUAGAGGUUUCAUUUGAAAUGCAUACUGACAUUCAUUAUAGGUGAUGAAUAAUCAACAGACACAUCCACUACUCUCCUUUAACCAUCAUUAUUUGAUGAAACCAUUAGGUCUCAAUUUCCAGCUCUCCUGUUGUGCACAAGAUCCCCUGCUCAAUAAUUCAUCAGGACUAUGGAAAGCAGCUGGACUGCUCCAGUCUUUCCUCAAUACUUAUCUUCCACAGUUCUUCCUCCUGUUCUUUACAAGACCAUUGGGAAUUUCAUAUGAGAGGGACUAUGGAGGAGCUCCAUGGGCAACCAGGCACCUUGAUUGAGGGCAAGCCCAAAAAGGUGAGGUUCAAGCUGGCCUCGUCAUACAGCGGCCGGGUCCUGAAGCAUGUGUAUGAAGAUGGACAAGAGCUGGAUAGUCCAGAGGAGCAGUACCCUCACAGCUUCAUCCACAACAAGAUGGAGAUGGGACAUCUGUGUGGCUUAGAAGACAUGCAGGACCAGAGUUUCUUCCCUCCGACAGGUCUGAUUGCCCAGAGGAUAAAUGUCUAUCGAGGAGUGACAGGAUGCAAUUCCCUGGCAUGUGGAGAUCUUCCACAAGAUAAUAAAGGACCCGUAUUAGAUUUUGGAAAGAUUAUUAUCUACACUAGCAACCUGAAGAUUAUUCGAGCUCCUCACAGAAGGGGAGAGUCUAGAAGGAGUCCUCAUCGCAGUCAGGACAGAAAAGAAAGUUCACCAGGACGGGAGUCCCGGAGCAAAGGAAGACAUAGAACAACACGUUCCCACGCAGAGGAACCAGACGUAAUGACUGAACAAAAGCAGGAGGCAGGCUCAUGUGAACAGUGUGGAGGUUCAGGAUGUGCGCCGUGCUCCCUCUGUCACGGAAGCAAACUGUCUAUGCUGGCCAACCGCUUCAAUGAGUCAAUCAGAGAGCUGCGCUGUCCAGCGUGCAACCCCCACGGCCUAGAGCGGUGCCAGUCCUGCACACACUAACACAUCUACUGAUGCCAAGCUGUGUCGGAUGGAGAUCAGACCCUUUGAGGUGUGAACGAAAGUGCAUUUUGGAUUAGUACGUAAAUAUAGGGGCUUGAGGGCGGAAUGAGCUGCUGGAAAGAACUGCAAUGAGAGUUAUUACAGAUUCACCAGACACCCACUUAGUGGUUGAUAUGAAAUCAGGAAGGAACUGGAAUCUCAAAGACAGGAAAGUAACAAGAGAGGAAUAAAGGGUGUUCAUUACUUUAUGACAGAUAUUGUACAUUGCACUAUAUGUGAGACAUGAAUUUUUUCUGAAUAUGGACUAAUUAAACUACAACUGUGGCUCAAAUACACGUAAAGCACAUUUGAAGUGUUGUUUAUGGCCUUUGUGACUAAUAAAUAUAACUAUUUUUUGACAAAAGGCUGAUUCUUUAAUAAGUGGACCUUUUCUGUCCCCUAAGUAGAUUAAAAAAAAAAAAAAAAAAAAGAUCAUAAAAAAGAAAUUCUAAUAAAAUAAAAAUAGAAAUUUUGAUGGAAAUGAAAGCCAUACAGCGGAGUGACAUUUUGAAAUAGAAAUAUCAUUUUAAAAUAUCACAUCAUGAUCAAACAGUGUCAUUAUCAAAAGUUCUCCUUAUUGAAGAAUCAUCCAAAAAUACAUAUAUGUUACAAAUGUUUUGUAACAUAUUGUAACAGCAGAAACAUAACUGGAAGAGUCAUGACCACAUGCAGAUCAGGAUUGUUGGGUUAACGAUUUUGCUUUAAAAUCUAAUUAUUGUUCACACUGUAGUUAUUAUUGUUGUCUUAAAAGCCUAGCUGUUGUAUAAAGAUCAACAUUGAAUUUUUUUUGACAGUAAGUAGUGCCUAACUAUGCAUAUCUGUGACUUGUCAUGCAUUAAUACAUGAAAUAUUAUUUCAGUAACUCCUAAAGACUAGUUUUACUGUUGUUUGUCAG